UCGGUUCUGACCCGCGUUGAGUCCUGCGCUCUGAUUGGACGCUGUGGGUGACAUCGCCAUGGAGACGGCGACGCUCGUUCUGAUGUUGAUGGGAUGUAUCCUGACGGAGACGCAGCUCGUCCACAGAGGUCCUGGUCUGAAGCUCCGGGUUCGCGUGAACGUCACCGAGGACACCAUCGUGUUCCAGUUCCUCCCUCCGUCUGCUCAGGUCGCUCCGGGUCCUCGGGUCCGACUCGAGGGACACGUGGUCGGGUACGGCAGCGGCAGCGGCGCCCCGCAGUUCAUCCCCCUGCCACAAGGAGGCCUCAGCUACGUGACCGAGCUCGACGCUGAACCCAAAUAUCUCCUGUCAGUCCAGGGCGUCCCAGACACCGACCUGCACCCACACUGUACAGGUAAAGUGGACCUCCAGACGCCCCUGAGGCUGGUGGUUCGCUCCGUCAGCCCCACAGCGGCUCUUCUGUCCUGGGCCCCACACCCUCACACCCCCCUGGGAGACAUCCUGGGACACUGCCUCCAGGACGGGUUCUACACGGUGCGUUGGCGUGAACGUUCCAGCAGGUGGCAGUACGAGUGGUGUCCGACCAGUGAUACGGUUUUGUCGACGCUCGAGCCGGACUCAGAGUACGAGAUCAGCGUGAGAGCCACUCGCCGCGACCACGUCAGCGGCGACUGGAGCAAACCGGUUUACCACAGCACCACCACCGGCCACCACAAACUGAAAACGUUCAAGCUCAGGAAUCCACUGGGACGAGCGCUGAACCCCAGGGGGCGCUCUCUCUUCCCUCCUCGUCCUGCGCUUCACGACAGAACCGACAGAACCGACAGAACCGACAGAACCGACAGAACCAACAGAACCCGACUGUCCCUGCGCAACCCGGGCUUCAACCCGCGCUCCGGCCUGGGUCCAGGAGGAGCUCGUCCCAUCGCUCUGAACAAGAGACCGAACCUGGUCCUGACCGAAGACUCAGCGACAGAUAAAAUCCAAAAUUUAAAGGAUGGAGACCAACUGAGACUUUUCAAAUUAAAACCCAAAUCAACUAAAUCUACUACUACAACAACUACUACAACUACUACUACUACUACUACUACUACUACUACUACUCCUCCAGCCACCUCCAGCACACAGAGGCCCUCACGAGGCUCCAGAGGCAGGGGCCCGGCUCAGGUCACUACCCCGGCCCCGAAGCAUCAGUCCUGGGAGGAGUCGGAGCUGUUCCAGCCGCUGCCGUCGUCCGACCUCGACGCUCAGGGAAAGAAACGCUACACGGCUCCUCACGUGGUUUAUCAGACGGGGAAGCAGCCGGACGAGCCGUGUUCCAUCACUUCGUCCCUCGACUAUUUUCCCGACGACAGCGGGGACGUCGGCCAAUCACAGGCCUCCACUCCACCCAAAGCCCCGCCCUCCAACGUCACCGUGGUAACUGUGGAAGGCUGUCCAUCAUUCGUCAUUCUGGACUGGGACAAGAGCAAUGACACGACAGAGUACGAGGUGAUCUCCACGUCCAAAGGUCCAGAAGGGGAGAAGGUCUCAGUCCUGACCACGAACCAGACCCACACCGCAGUGGAGAACCUGAGACCAGAGUCCAGUUAUGAGUUCAAAGUGAAGCCGAAGAACGAUCUUGGAUCUGGACCAGAAUCUGAACCAGUCGAGUUCAGCACCGAGUCUGCGGACCCUCGCGUGAGUGAGACGGACGCGGGCAAAGCCGCCAUCUGGACCGAGUUCCCCUUCACCGCAGACUCGUCCUCAGACUGCAGGGGGCGCCAGUUUGUGAAGAGGACCUGGUACAGGAAGUUUGUGGGAGUCCAACUCUGCAACUCCCUGAGAUACAAGAUCUACCUGAGCGACACUCUGCACGGUCGGUUCUUUCACAUCGGGGACCAGUCCGGGUUCGGGGAGGAUCACUGUCAGUUCGUCGAUUCUUUCCUCGAUGGAAAAACAGGACGACUGAGUCCAGAGCAGCUCGAGGAGAGAACAGGGUUCUUCAGGGCUUUGCGUCAGGAGCCCGUUCACUUCGGCUCCAUCGGGGGGCGCUCUCAGGUGAACUACGUCUCCUGGUACGAAUGUGGGACCCCCAUCCCCGGGAAGUGGUGAUGAACCCGGACUAAACCAGAACUAAACCAGGACAAAACCAGGACUGAGCUGGGACUACACCGGGACUGAAUCGGGACUAAACCAGGACUAAACCGGGACUAAACCGGGACUAAACCGGGACUAAAGCGGGGACUGAACCAGGACUGAACCCAGAUUAAACUAGGACUGAACUGGGACUGUGUAAAAUAUUUUCAGGGAACAUGAGGCGAGGCUGGCUCCCCCAUAUCUGUGUUUAAUACAUGUAUUAAACAUGUAUUAAACAUGUAUUAAACAUGUAUUAAACAUGUAUUAAACAUGUAUUAAACAUUAUGGUUCUUUGACGGUUUCAGAGCCGAGUUCAAAGAAUCAAACUCAGAUAUUUUUUUACCUAAAUUUCUGAAAUGGCUCUGGUCGUGACUCUGGUCGCGGCUCUGGUCGCGGCUCUGGUCGUGACUCUGGUCGCGGCUCUGGUCGUGUUUCUGCUGUUUUUACCUGAUGUACAUUUUGUUCAAAUCCAAAUUUCAGGAAAACCUUUGGUGCUUCGGUUUGUUUCUAAAAAGGAUUUUUUUCUGCACUUUGCACAAAUGUGUGAUAAAUCUUGGAACGGUUCUGUUAAACUCUGGGGCAUUAGUGACUUGUUCUGUUAUAAACUCAGGUCACUGAAACAGAAAAAGGACAAAAGGGUGUGUACAGAAAUGUCAUGUUUUGUAUGUUUUGUAUUGGU